UUUUUUUAAUAAAAAAUGAUUGUUGAAAGGGAAGCAACAAACAGAAAUGACUCUUUCACUCUUCAGUUUUUCUUCUAUGAACGUCUGGCACAGAGCAGCAUCGGUUUCUGUUAUCAGGUAGUUCUCCUCCCUCAAAAGCCAUUUCAGAAUAAGGUGGACUCGCGUUCAUUCAGCUGGUGUUUAUUGAUUUAUUAGUUGUAAAAAUGGUUUAGGAGCGUCUAUAUAUCAGUAUCUUUGACUUCACACAAGACAGAGCUGCUGCAUACGAGGAACUGGACGCAACGGUUCAUUACCAGAGACACGCAGAGUCGUCAUGGAGAUUGUGAGAACCCUGGAUUAUUUGCUUGAUCUGAGACAGAGCGGUUUCGGUCGGCCUCCUCCGAGACACGGUCUGAACCUGUUGUGGUGGUUCGCUCAUGAUUGCGUCCAGAUAGAUUUCAACGGUCGUAUGACUGCACUGUGCAACCCUACAAACAGAGCUUUUGGUUUCCACCGAUUCCAUAAUAGAGACGCGCUUCUUCCUUACAGCGACCUGCCGUACUACGAGGUGGGCAACCUGAACUCCACCGAUUCACUGCCUGGUUAUGUGACCGAGCAUCACACCGGAUAUUCAGACGACAGCAACACAGAUCGCAUCAUCGCUUCCUUUGACCCGAGACGGAGAAGGUUCGAGAACGUUUACGUGACGCAGCACUCGGAUCAGGUGCACUUCGACCAGAAUCGCACCUACCGCAUCAGUCCUGAUCUCAUCAAGGACAUUCAAAACCUAAAGCGUAAAGACUUCCUCAGAGGACGCACCAAUCGCUCCGAACACGUGUCCAUCGACAUGCCUCCGACAGAGCAGACUAACAGCUCUCCGAGUCUCAGCAAUGAGCUCAUGCAGGACAUUCGAGAUUUGAGCCACGAGGAAUUCCUCAGGAGACACUCGGAUCCUUCCGUAGACGUACCUCAGUCAGCGCAGCCCAGCAAGACUCAGAAAUGCUGCUGUUUGCUGAUUGGCUGCAGUCUGCUGGUGCUGUUGCUCAUCCUUGCUGCCACUGUCUAUUUAUUAUUGAAAAUGUAAAUAGUUUUCAUUGUUUCCAGCUGUUGAAGCUGCAUGUUGCAUUUUGGGUUUCUUUGAGUCAGUUGAUUAUUUCAAUGGAGACACGAGACAAAAGAGAUCCAGCAACUGCUAUUAGAUUAAAAAAUACAAAUAUAUUCAAUUAAAAAUUAUUAAUGAGGGAUUAAUUCUAGAAUGUAUUAAACCCAAGUAUCCCAUUCAGUUUAAUUUUCUCAUUAUGAUAACAAAUGAGUACAAUGAGUACAAGGUUUUAUUUCACUUCUCAAGAAUGACUGAUGUUGUUUGAUGUCGAUCACAGCAUCCCUUUUUAUAAGGACCACAUUUAAUUCCAAUUCAGUGUCUUGAUUUAUUAUGAAGUUUCUGUAUUUAUACGUUUUUGUAAUAGACUGUUAAUAAAACUCUAAUUACUAAAAAAAACUAUCGACUUGUGUUUGUGCGAUCUAGUUUUUUUAAUUUACCAAUGCAAAAUUCUCUAUUACUUUGCCGUGACAACCAAAAUUUUAAAUAUCAUUAACUAUAAGUCUUUUUUUUUAUCAUAAUAUGUUUAAAUGUGAAUAUAAUGCUAAUAAGUCGUUUUCUUUCCACACUGUCUGCUUCACUUUCUGUUUCCUACAUAAUCAUCUGCUCUCUCUCUCUCUCUUCCUGCUGAACUUUGGAUGAACCAUAAAUUGGAUAAUAACAAAGGUUCAGAACCAAGUCCCUGGGCAUCUUUGCUUUAUAUAAUAUUUUUUGGGACUUUUGGCCCCAUAAUGUGUUAAAUGUCAGAUCGAGGCACAGUGAAAUAGGACGGAUGUGUAGUUCUUGCUAUGACUUCGGUGUUCAGACGCAAUGAUUGUUAUGAUACCGAUA